CGUGAACGGACGCGUUUCUCGCUUCGGUCUUUGGUUUGGUGCGCGCUCGCUCGCUCUUGACUCAUCUCUACCUUAAAAAAAAAGCAUUAAGCAGUUGGAGCUUUCUCAGAAGCUCGCAGACUCUCUGGGAACCGACAACAACAACAGCAAAAAGACGUUGGUUUUGUGCAAAAUUUUCAGUGAAGAUACACCACCGGUGCGGAAGAUAGCCCACGCAGUUCAUGGUGAAAGGGUGAAGGUUCUUUCCGGUUUACCUCUCGUGUUUAAGGGACUCCCCAGUUCCGGACUAGAAGGUGUGACAGUGAAUAAAGUUCUCAGAAAGUGAUUUCAAUCUAAGCACAGAAGGACUACCCCGGAACAAAGGGGGUUAAUCCCCUUGUGAUCUUCACUGAACCUUCGGAUUACAAAACUGGAUCAUCGGAUCAUCAGCAGCCAGAGAGAGUUACCAACGCCACGGUUCAGAGAUGAGGAAGUGCUGUCUUCUUCUACUACUACCGGUAGUAUUAGGAACACGAUCGCCGGCCGCAGUCUUUGAGGAUGUGUUCGAGCUGGGACGACCGGCCGUUGCCUACCUGACGACUCCGGAAAAUCAGAAUGGCAUGCACGCCUAUCUGACGAAACGGAACCGCCAGAUGGCGGAACCGCAAGGCAUGGUGAUGUCCGCGUCGUCCUACGCCUGGGCCAGCCCGGCGGCCAACGAGCGCUACCAGAGCUUCGAGGAAACCCAAAACGACCGCAUCCGGAUGGAGAAUCUCAAGCGGAUUGCCUCGGUGCGAACGAAACGGCUGGACGCGUUGGCCCACCCGCCACCACCGCCGCCAGCCAAGAAAGCGAGGGGACAGCAGCAGCAGCUGAGGAAGCCCAAGCAGGUCAACAUUGUUCCGCGGGAGGUGUUCAAGUUUACGCUGGAGGACGCCAUGAUUCAUCCCAAGGUGGAAUCGUCGAGCAAGAACAAGCGCAGGGUUAAGCGUGAGUUGGGAGUUGAACGGGUUCCGAAACGGUUGGAGCCGGUUCCGCGGGAGAUUCUGUGGUUUGAGGCGAAGGACGCGAUUACGCAGAGUCCGCAGGAAGAACAGGGAGCGAUUCAUCAGAGAAGGAAGCGAUCGGCGGAUCCGGGCAAUAACGAGGGUCGGGAUGUGGUUUCUUUCCAGCUGCAGGACGCGAAGACUGCCGAUCGGGAUAGUGGACUGUUCAACAAGCAGCUGAUUGAGGAGAAUCCGAACCUGAGGAUGCCAUUUAUGACUUCGGACAACUUCAAGCGGGGUUCGGUUUUUGAUGAGAUUGUGGAGCGACCGGAACCGAGAAAGCGCGAGAGGAAGAAGGAGAAGCGCGAGAAUCAGAGCGAUGACUCGGACCUGAACAUUGAGGAGUCGAGACGGGUGAAGGUUCGUGGGGGAAAGAAGAAGCUAGCAAAUUAUGAUGAUUUGCCACUUGGGGUACAGAAGGCGAUUGAUAUCGCAAUUCAGGAGAACGAGCGUAUGAACGGUAAGAUCUCGGAGGAACCUCCACGCUCGCCACCAAAGUACUACUUUGGAGAUAAGAAACCAAAGACCAAGAAACCGUUCAGUUCGACGACCAGCGCUAAGCCAAGCUUCCCAAGCAGUCCUAAGGAGUCCAAGUUUGCACCGAGCCCACCAAUCGAAACCGGAUUCGUUCCGAGCAAACCGAUGUCCAGUCAGGAUUCGAGUGAGAACAUCAAGCCGGAAAAGUCCAGCCCGGGAGCGUGGUGGCCUGUUUCAAAUCUGAACCGAUCGAAGCGACUUCAGCAGAAGGCAACCUACCCGCCACUGGUGGUCAGUCCACAGUACGUACACACCUACAAACCAACCAUGGAGAGUUACAAGAUGAAGGAACUGUCCCAGAGUUAUGAACAAUCUCAGAGCUUCGAACAUUCCCAUGAAAACUCUUAUGAAAUUCCCGAAUCCUCCAAGGAAUACCACCAGGAAAAGCCAAAGAUUAAGUACGUGAUCAAGGAGAUUCCAGUCCGCAUGAAGGAGUCCCGCACGAAGAUCACCGUUCAACCGACGAUCUCGAUCUCGUACGACAAGGAGCCCACCGGCACCGGAAGUUCCUCGGAAAGCGACUCCAAGGAUUACAACAAUCCGUACGGUCCCGUUGAGCUGCGCUACGAACAACCCAAAGAAUCGCCAAAAUCAUUCGCCAACCUGAAGAUCGUUGUUCCGGACUCGAAGGAACAGUCGGAAUCCUCGUACUACGACGACAACCACGUUGUUGAACAUCCAAACCCGACGGAGGCAUCCCAUUCUUCGGAGAGCUACGAAAAAACCGGAAGUAGCAUCGCUGCUCUGUCGGCGUUGAUCGGCAAACGACCAACGAUCCAACUCAAGGGACUCAACGACCUGCUGGGGAUGCCAAUCCCGAUCGGUAACCAGCAGCCCCUCCAAAAACUUAAGACUCGAGUUCGACCCCAGGACAAUACCGCGCCAAUUCUCUUCCCCGGUGAAUCCUCCACUCCAACUCCACCCCCAGCGAAGAAGAUGCCCGGAUAUCGCAGCGUCCAAAUCGAAAACGGACCAAAGAUCUUGUACGAAGACAACAGCAGCCCAAGCACCCUCUACCACACGGUCCAGAUGAACCCGCAGCUCAAGGUCCCCAUGACCAAGGACUACACCCCGAUCAAGGAGGUCGUGUCGGAUAUCGCAGAUUCGGACCUGAUCGGACCCACGAUCGCCACCCCAACGCACGCCACCUACAUCAUCAGCUCAUCCUCGACUCCGGUCCCACCGACCGCAGAGUCAGAGCACAGCUACGAAUCGUCAGGCGAUAUCAGCAACCAGGAAUCCGCCAGCUACCUCCAAGAAGUUCACAGCACCCCGGAAACGAUCGUCGAACCAAUCAGCGUACAGUACCAAACGAGGCAGGUCAACUACAAGCAACACCAGCAUCAACACCACGUCAAACACUACGAGGAACACGAGGAGGACGAACACGAGCACGCGGCACACCACAAGUACCACGGACACCACUUUGACCACCCGCAUUCCGACCACCAUCAUCACCACGAUGAUGACGAGCACAGUGAGGAUUAUGACGACGGCGAGGGUUACGCCUUCGGGUACCGCGUGCGUGACUUCCACACCGGCAACGACUUUGGCCACAUCCAAAACCGUGACAACGGAGUGACGCGGGGCGAGUACCACAUCCUCCUCCCGGACGGUCGCGUCCAGAACGUGCGCUACCACGCCGACGAGAAGGGCUUCCACGCGGAGGUCAGCUACGAGAGCGUCCACGGCUCCUCGUCCGAAUCGUCGUCGUCGUCGUCCUCCAGCAAGUGAAGGGAGCGGGAUUCAUCAUACCACAUUUUCGUUGAAGAAAAUCUCCUGCCUCCUACCCCUGUGGUGUACAUAGGAAACGAGCGUUCUCAACCACCCCCGCCCCCUAGUUUGUACGAAGUGAUCGCGAGCGCAUAACCUAGAAAAAAAUAGCAAGCAAGUACGCGAGAGAGUUUUAGCUAGUCACCGCCAGAGGGAUUUCAUCGAUCUUUUUCAACUUCUCUAGAGAAAAGCUCUCGCGCAAGCACACGUACCGGACACGCUAGAAGCUUUCGCGGAUCGUCGCACCCAAAACGCUUCGCAGCUAGGGUGGGCCCCCAGUUUUAUUAAAUCUUACCGUAUUGUUGUUACUGUUAAUCAUACCGGAAACACUAGAGAGUAUUGUUGUUGAUCUUGUUGUUUUCGAGUAGCCACUAAGUGCAAGCCUGUUAUUUAAUUUUAUUUUAUUUAAAUACUCGUAAGACACGUGUUCUGUACUCACUACACUAAAACUCUGUACAUUACGCAGACUUAACCUGUGCUGAUUACACCUGGACACUGUCACCCACGAAAAAAAAAACUCAUCCACAACUCUUGUGAUUAAGGGACCUGUGCAAUUCGUUAGCGUGAGGGAAGCUUCAUCUCGAGCGUUUUUUUAUUUUUAUUCUUCAAUGCAAUCAUUUCGGACCAUUCAUUAGCGUGUAAGGAUCUGUAGGGAAGUGAAGUGCUAUUGAAGAGUAGUUAGGGUAGUAGUUAGGAAACGUCCAAGUAUUAUUUGAAGCAUACUAAAUCAUAAAGUUACGAACGUAUACCGUUAAAGCAAUGUAGACCCUGUAAGGAACGACCCCAUACCAAACCGAUGUUGUACCUUUUUGAUAAAUGGAUAAUGAGCGAAAAGAAUUGAAACGAACAAAAACUGUUGAACAUGUUGUAAUAAAAUAAAAACUUUGUUAAAAAUAA